AUGCUGACUCGGCGGGCGACAGAAGCAGAAGUGCGCGAUGCACUUUUUAUGAUGCACCCAGAAAAAGCACCUGGACCAGAUGGAAUGACGGCAUUGUUUUUUCAGCGAUCAUGGCAUAUAGUUAAAGAGGAUAUCACUACCAUGGUGAAUAAUUUCCUUACCUCGGGAACUUUUGAUGAACGGCUAAAUAUGACCAAUAUAUGUCUUAUCCCAAAGACGGAACGCCCUACUAAGAUGACGGAGUUAAGGCCCAUAAGUUUGUGUAAUGUCGGGUAUAAGAUUAUUUCAAAGGUCCUCUGCCAGCGACUUAAGGUGCUGCUACCAAGAUUGAUUUCAGAAACCCAGUCUGCGUUUGUUCCAGGCCGAUUAAUUUCUGAUAACAUAUUGAUAGCUCAGGAGAUGUUUCAUGGUUUGAGGACAAAUAAGUCAUGUAAAGGAAAGUUUAUGGCGGUGAAAACGGAUAUGAGCAAGGCGUACGACCGAGUCGAAUGGCCUUUUAUCGAGGAAUUGAUGAGAAAAAUGGGGUUUGCAGAGCAAUGGAUCGCAUGGAUGAUGUGA